GGCACCACUCACUCGCCCACUCAGAGGACAAUGACCCAGAUAGAAAUCCAAACAUGGACUAGUUUUAGUCUGAACCGCUUUACCUCACCACUGUAGAGGAGGGUCAUCAUGGACACCAGGCUGCUGCUUCUUCUGCUCUCCCUCCUGGCUUUCAUUGCACAGGCUGAGUUAAAGAAACAUGGCAAACACGACAAGCGCCGUGGUCGUGAAAAGAAGCAUAGAGGCCGGUUUGAAGACUGGGCCCGAGAGUUUGAUCAGUCUGACGACCAAAGUGAGGAUGAUGAUGAUGAGCAUGAUGGGGGAUGGCUGCUAGAGCUCCAGGAAGUAAGAGGUUCUUGCGAUCCAAACCCUUGCUUAAAUAAUGGUGUUUGCGAGGAGAGAAGAAAUGGAAAAAUUAAGUGUGACUGCCCCAAGCCUUUCAAAGGCAGAAGGUGUGAGAAAGCCAAAAAGGUUUGCAGGAGAAACACAUGUCGAUAUGGUACCUGUGUCUUGACCUCCACUCCACCCUUCUACGAAUGCAAGUGCAAAGAACCGUUCAAGCCCCCCAGAUGUGAAUCAGACUCCAUCUGUGACCCUGAUCCCUGCCAAAACGGGGGCAAGUGUGUGAAGGACGGCCGCAACUUUGAGUGUGUCUGUCCUGCCAAUUACGAUGGCCAGUUCUGCCAAGUUGGUCCAGAAGACUGUUAUGAGGGUGACGGGGAGUCCUAUCGGGGGAAGGUGUCGGAGACGGAGGAUGGGGACGAGUGCCUGUACUGGAACUCCUACUUCCUGCUGCAGAGAGGGGUCGACCCCUUCACCGCCUUUGACGACGACGACGGACUGGGCCCUCACAAUUACUGCAGGAACCCAGACGGUGACGUGAUGCCUUGGUGCUUCAUCAGAAGAGGACGGAAACUGAGGUGGGACCACUGUGACGUGAGAGAAUGCUCAGAUAAUAUGACUACGGCUGAACCCCCGACCACCACCAGAUCUCCAGAGCCAGAGCCAGUUGCUACGACUACCAAAGCCCCCGACGUCACCACAGCGACCACCCCUGCUCCAGUCAGCCGGAACGCCACCUGUGGAAAGCCGCAGCCGCGCCGCAUGCUCCAGAGGAUCUACGGUGGCAUGAAGGCUAUCCCCGGCGCCAACCCAUGGCAGGCCUCCCUGCAGGUGAAGCUCAGCGGCUCCAAUCAGGAUUUCCGGCACACCUGCGGAGCCGUCCUCAUCCACAGCUGCUGGGUACUGACUGCUGCUCACUGCAUUAACAAGAACCAAGAUAUGCAGGUGGUACUAGGCGGGCUGGACCUCGGGAAGAAGGAAGACUUUGAGCAGACGUUUGCUGUGGAGCAGGCCAUAGUCCACGAGAAGUACAGAGAAACAUCUGCAGCCGUUUACAAUGAUAUUGCGCUGCUGAAACUGAAGGCCAGGAAUGGGAGAUGUGCUGUGGAGACCCAGUACGUGAAGACCGUGUGUCUGCCCAACGCUACCUUCCCAGAUGGAACAGAGUGCUCCAUUGCCGGAUGGGGAGCAACAGAAGACUCGGACUAUGGCUCCAGCCAGCUGAUGGACGCUGACGUGCUGCUGAUCUCCCAGGACAAGUGCUCAGACGCCUCCGUCUACGGCAGGAUAGUAGACGACAACAUGUUCUGCGCCGGUUACCUGCAGGGCGGAAUAGACUCCUGCCAGGGUGACUCCGGUGGCCCUCUGACCUGCGAGAGGGGCGGCACCCACUUCCUCUACGGCCUGGUGAGCUGGGGAGACAGCUGUGGCAAGGCCAACAAGCCUGGCGUCUACACCAACGUCCUCAACUUCAUGGACUGGAUUACUUCAAAGACUGGGGGCAUUUUUAGUUGAAUUAUUUGCAAAUUUGCAAAAUAGGCUUAAAUGGUAGAGCUGUAACGAUAUUGGAUCGAACCGAGAAUUUGCGAUACUCAGAGUCACGAUACUGUAUCGUGAUGUAAGGAGGCAGUAUCGUGAUACGCCCUUUCAAAGUUUUGUUAUCCUUCAGUCCAGAAAACAACCAUAUAAUUUGAUGUGAUAGUGCUUCCAAGCUUCAAAUGAGAUACAUUUCAGAAAUCGUGUGUCGCGAAUCGCGAUACAAACCGAAUCGUGAGUGUAUUGUUGCGGCCCUACGAAAUAGUCAAGGAUUGCACUUGCCUUUUCAUUAUAAACAUACAUACAUACGUGGUAAUUUUGGAUUUUCAGAAAAGCCAUACAUGUUUUAUUUUUUGUCACUAAAGUAAUAAAUUACCUCUACAGACUUUUA